AUGUCCAUUGCAAAAUAUUAUGCAGGCCAAGAGAUUCUUAUUACGGGAGGAUCAGGUUUCAUUGGCAAAGUCCUAAUCGAAAAGAUCCUGCGCUCACUGCCCGAUAUUGGAAAAGUCUAUAUUUUAUUACGCAGCAAAAAGGGUAGAAAUGCCCAGGAACGUUUAGAGGAUAUCCUUCAAAUGCCACUAUUCGAACAAGUCGGCAAAUCUCAACCGGAAGCGUAUAAGAAGUUAAUCGCCAUCAAUGGUGAAUGUCAAGAAUUGGGCUUGGGACUUUCGCCCGUAGAUUUAGCAAAAUUAAAAAAUGUUACCAUUGUAUUUCAUGUGGCCGCAACGGUACGCUUCGAUGAUGACAUAAAGACAUCGAUACUCCUGAAUACCCGUGGUACUCAUGAAAUGCUUAAGGUUGCUGAGAAAUUGCCAAAACUCAAAGUUUUUGUACACGUCUCAACUACAUAUUCACAUCCCGAUUUAAGGGUGGUCGAUGAAAAGAUAUAUCCCCCAUACGCAGACUGGCGUACGGCCAUCAAAUUGGCGGAGACUUACGAUCAGGAGACUUUAAAUAUGCUACUACCCAAAUUCUGUCCAGGACACCCGAAUUCAUAUACGCUUUCAAAAAAUUUAGCCGAACACAUUGUACAGGAGUAUAGCCAAAAAUUGCCAGUAGUAAUUUUCCGGCCAUCCAUAGUGGUAAGCAGCUAUAAGGAACCCUUUCCCGGUUGGAUUGAUAAUUUCAAUGGUCCGGUCGGCAUGCUUGUUGCCUGUGGUCUUGGUAUUAUGCGUACCAAUCACGCGGAUCCAGAUAUUGUACCCGAUAUAAUACCAGUUGAUAUGGUUGUUAAUUCCCUAUUGGUCACGGGCUAUAAACACGCAAAGGCCAAUGACAAACUCAUACGAAGUGAUCGGAAAUUGGAGGUGUACAAUUGUAGUUUAUCAUCGAAACGACAUUUGUCGAUGGGUACCAUAAUUGAUAUGGGUAAAAAGACGGUUUUAAAAUAUCCAUAUGAAAAAUGUAUUUGGCUGCCGGAGGGUUCAAUAACUCGUUGCGCAUUUUGGCAUUAUCUGAGGUUCUUCGGCUUGCAAGUGAUCCCAGCAAUUUUACUAGAUAUUUUCAUACGAUUGGCUGGACAUCCAGCAGUAUUAUUGAAAAUUCAAAGACGCAUCAAGAGUACCACUGAAAUUCUCAAAGUAUUUACAAAUACCGAAUGGCAUUUCAUAAAUAACAAUUUCAAAUCAUUGGAAAAUCUUAUUGAGGAUCAGGAGAGGUAA